AACGCACGGCUCAUCAGGGUGAAACAACGUCGUUGACAGAGAGUCUGUGGGAUGAUGUGGAAGGUCUCUAGCAGCGCACUAGUCCUUUCCUUACAACAACUCGCCAGAAGCUAGACAAGUGCGUUCGAGAGGGAUGGAUAACGAAAACAGAAGAAAAGUCGUCAACACAACACAUGUCCAUCUGUCGUGCUACGGUCCUUCCUUUUGCAUGCAUUCCCAUCUGUUGAAGUCUGAGAUAACAUAUUAACAUCUUCCUGAUAGUAUUAUCCACCUCAUGCCAACUAAGUAGCAUUCGUGCAUUUGAUUCAGUUUUUGCCAUUUUCCGGUGACUGCACGUCUGAAUACAAAGGUAGGGUAAUAAAAGGGACUGGAUAUCCAUCUAGGUUGAAACGUGAACUAAAGCCAGUAUUUAGGUCGCGAUCUUCACUGCAAAUAACACGAAGGUCGCCACAUACAAAGGCGUUCAUUCUGCUGUUCAAUUCACAACGGUUUCGACAACCACGGCCCUAGUCAUGACAUACCUGGAAAGAUCUAUUUGAGUGUUGCUGGGGACAGCUGACUGACCAGUUUGGCAAUUCUUUUCCUGAACGGUAUUCACGGAAGAUGAGCGUUGUUUACGAAAACAGAGGAUGCUCUUAAAAGUGAAAAAACCAUCUCUCGAAGCUAUAUUGGAAUUUCGAGAAAUGUCCGCAUUCCUGUUACGCGUACUGGAUCCAGAGGGAAAGCAAUGAUCUAGGAAAUGCUCGGAAGCCUAGAUCCGAUAAAGGAUAUUGUUACUACAUACGCCAAGAAGAUUGACUUCUCGGCUGUUCAUGUGUAAAGAAUCUGCCUCGUCAAUACAGCCAUCAGUUAUCAUGCAAAUAUUUCUAUACCGUAACAUUGCCUCUGUACACUGUGAUUUGCGACAACGCCAUCAGGCCCCUCCCCAGGCAGAGGCCGACUCGCAUCUUCGGCUGUGCGUCGACCAGGUGUCUUUUUUUGAAGUCUCCCGCUUGGGCUUCGCCACGUGGAUAACCAUUAAUUCAAAGUAUCUGAAGUAAGUGCUAUCUAGGUCGUGUCAGUGGACCUCUUCGCCGUCUUUAUUCAUAGUUCAUUUGUCAAGCGGGUCUCCCAAACUCAAAUAUUUGUGGCAUACGGUCGCAUCGGCCAAUUGCAAUUGAGCUGCCAAUGGCUCUGUUGCCCCAUACUUUAGCGGCGGUUCUGAGCAAGACUGCUUCAUGAUCCGCCAUGAGCAGAUUUGACGGGAUUCUGAUUCAUUUGAGCGUCUGUCAGAAACCUUCUCCACCGGUGUCAGAACGACUGCUGAAAAGACAGUAUUCAGAAGGAUCGCUCGAACAGCCUAUUUGAAUACAAGGUGUCCUCCGUGUUCCGCCAACGUCACGCUGGUAGCUGAAAAGCUUAUCAUUCGCGAUUUGCUGAAGCGGCCAACCAAUUAGAUUUAGGGAAGCUCUUUCCGAGUCAUAUUUGCACGACACAUUUUUGGACACUCAUCUGUUUAAAAUGCAGUACCAAUACAGCUUGCUCAAUGCAAUUCCCGCAACGGGCUCUGCUCACGUUCCAAAACAGCGCCCACCCCCGCCGCCACCUUCCUCCCCUCCGGGGUUGAGGCAUUACACGCUGUCCGAAGUUGAGCUGGCGACCUUCCGCACGCAACUAUGCGAGAAUCAUCAGAAGGCACAUUGUGCUCAGCCUGACGCUUGCCCCCAUUCGCACUGCCUCACUUGGCAACGGAGGAACCCGUAUGAGAUCAUUUACGAGUAAGCUGUCUUUUUUGCUGGGCUGCAAGUCUCUGCCUCUCGAGACCUCAUCACAGAUUAGCAGAAUAAGCUUGAAGCAGUAUCGAAAAGUAUAGUUUCAUGCGCCACUAGAGUUUCUGUGCCUUAUGCUGUUCAGCCCUCAUCUUUGCCCCGGCAUCGAGUUCAGACGGUCGAACAGUAAAAUGAGCCUCAUCCGUCACUGUACGCGUGGCCGCAGCUGUACGUAUGCACACUCGAAGGAAGAGGAACUUUACCACCCGCUCAUGUACAAAACUAAGAUCUGUAGUGUGUUUCCAAGCUGUGACCGCCACUACUGCCCCUUCGCCCACUCUGUGGAAGAGAUACGGCAUCCAUUUUCUAAUCCACUUAUCCAGUCAAUUUGGGGCAGUGGCGAUAAUAACUUUUCUGCUGGCAUGCAGAGGUGGUUGUCCUCUCCCGUAUCGCCUCUUUCCGCCAAGCAAAUUCACGACAUUGCAAUACACCAGCACCCUGCAGCUGCAGCGGCAGCCCUUUACAGUGCCGAGCAACACUUCUAUGGGGUCCGUUCCGCUUCUUCAGCAGAUGUCACGCCUCAUCAGUUGCGUGCCCAGGAACUACCAAACAGGAAGCAGCCGUUCACUCCAAAGCAUCAGUCGAAAAGAAAUCCUAAGACCUACGAUAUGGGCACGUGUCAGUCUCUCAUGGGACACCCUUCACCACUAUCGAAAGGCAAUCGACUACAAAAGGACCGCCGCAUCAAAAAGAAGGAAGAAGCGAUUGCCGAGCAGCCGGAGGGUGCUGAUUUGCACGCGCUUCUGGACAGUGACGUUCUGCGUCAGGCUCUUAUUAUGGCGCUAGCGCAGCAGCUCAUUGGCCCGCAGGUGAAUCAGCUUUCGGUUGAUCAGAUAAUCAUCAUCCUAGACUUGGCAGUCAAGCUUGCUGUCAGCCUUCAGCCCUCUGGAAGUCCGACUGAACUUCACGAACAAGCCACUACUGCCGCUAUUUCAAUGAUAGAUUCGACCCCUCCAAACGCGGCAUCUAGCGCCUAUGGUGGCCAAACGAUAUCUGACGAUCUUUUCGGAGAUGCUACUUCGUCGUCUGGCUCCCGUUCAUCUUGUAGACAGACGUUUCUGGAGGACUCCUACCCCUCAGCAACAGAGGCCCUCAUUGCCCAGCUAAAGAAGCUAGCACUUUCUGAUCCUUGUGGCGUUCACACCGGAUCGUCAUCUGCAGCUGAUGAGGCCUUUGAUGAAACCGAAACAUCCAGGAUCAGCAGCAUGCGUGGAAGUGGAGCCAUGUGGAGUACAAGCACAUCUCCGAUGGUUGCUGAAUCCUCUAGGUCGUCCAUGCUUCCUGUUGUCAAAAAUUCCGACCAUCUGGGGCACGAAGAGUCUCUGCUAUCGGGUAGCGUCCAGUCCCUAACAGCGGCUACAGUGCAGCAUGCAGCAGUGGACGCGCAGUAUUCUGAACAAAAGACAUGUGCGGACGAUCGUGACCUCGCCGAACGUGUUCGGAUCGGCCUGAUGGGAGCACUUGCGGGAACAGGCUGUCAGUUGCCACCAGAGGCCCAGACCUCCUGUGGCUUGCCUAAAUCCCUUGGAUUAGGGUCUCUCUGCAAUAGCGUUCACACUUCGGGAGGAAGUGGCCAGGUGGUGUCACUUCCAGCUCCACCGGGAAGCGUGCAGAAACGGUCUGCCGAUUUUGUAUCGAGACUGGGAGACGAUAUAUUCUCACCUCAGACCACGACGUGCUCACCUAGUCCAUUCGCCGGUCAGGUCUGUACUCCUCAGUCUCGCACUGCUGAAUGCACUCCUGCUCCUCCACCAUCGUUUCCUGCUGCUGCCAUGGAUAGUGUAAAGCAGGCCUUGCGAGGGAUGCAGCAGACAAAUCAGGUCGAUCCUCAACGUACCAGGGAAAUUUGCACCGACCGUCAGAAUACUGCUUCUGAGCCGGAAACUGCCGCAGCUGUGGUCCCCAACCCUGACGCUCCCAAAAUGUUGUCCCGAGGGACCUGCCUCGGGACCCGAGUUGCACAGUGUCUUUCUGAUUGUGACUAUCCAUAGAAGUCAACAGGAGGGGAAGCUUUCUGACAUGGCAGACGCCUAACUAUGCCAGCACUUGGUUGUACUGAAGUGUGUUAUAUUCAUGCGUGUUUCACCGCGUCCCAAAGCCUGCACUGGCGUUUUCCAUGUGCUUCGCCUGAGAUUUUGUCAAGAUCUUCUCAUCGUCCGCAUCACACUGGCUUGCCUGGAAGAGCCUCCCUUAUACGAAACAGGCAAUAGUUCAACUUUUCUACACUCUGUCAUUAUGUCGUUCGCAUGCAAGGAAUUGCGAACGUUGAAGGUGCUGAACGGCUCUGUGUGUAGGAACUUGUAGUCACGGUAAUGUGCUUCCCUUUCUCUAUUUGACCAUCGUGGCCACGAUUGCAUGCAGUUCCUAUUGGUGUACAGAACAUCGAUCUAGAGGACCUUCGAGACUGUUCAGGGCUUGACUCAGGGCUUCAAGAGAGAGAAUAACACGGCAAUGCUCAACAACAUAGUCUGUCCAGUAGA